AUGAACGGCCAACCGACCGUGAGCGUCACGGCCCUGGCGCUGACCGUGGCGAUCGUGGCCGUGGUCGCGCUGUGGACUCCCGCCGCGUCCGCGGCCACCCUUACGCGGGUCGUGCAGACCCGGUACGGAAAGCUCCAGGGCGUGGUGCGCACUGUGGACGCGGCUGUGUCCGCAGCCGCCGGCGCACCGCCGUCCGCCACCGUCGACACUUUCCUAGGGGUGCCGUACGCCACGCCACCCGUCGGCUCCAAUCGUUUCGGUCCCACUCGCACCCCGUCGCCCUGGGACGGCGUCCGCAUGGCCGAUGCCCCUGGCCCUGUGUGCCCUCAACGCUUGCCGGACGUGUCUAACGAGACGGCGGCCCUGCACCGCAUGCCCGUCGGCCGACUCGUCUACCUCAAGCGGCUGUUGCCGUACCUGCGCAACCAGUCCGAGGAUUGCCUGUACCUGAACAUCUACGCCCCUUCCCAAGGUAAGUGA